GUUCCUAUAAAUAUUCAAAAGACUAACAGGAAAUGUUAAAAACGCGUUCGUGACGCGAAAUUUAUCACGCCGAUGGUUUUACUCUUUUUAUUUAUUUGUUUUUAAGAAAAUUUUAAAGGCGGAGAAAAUCGAGAGAGCGAAAAUAUCCGACAUCUGGCAAAGUUGUGCUUUAGUCAGAGUCUCUCACUCUCCCUUCAGUGAAGUUAGCCGGAGGGGUCUCAACAGGACGGGGUCACAUUGCCUCACACGCUACUACCCACCUGUCUGCCUUCUUAAAGAGGAUAAAAAUGGCGUUUUCUAACUACUACACAGGUGAUAGUCGAUAAAGUUAAGUCGACCGGAGAGAUGCCAGACGUGGUUAAGACCAAAAUCGAAAGGAACAGGGAUGUUUUAGAAGAUAGAACCAGUGCUAGAUUAAUAUCUGUUAUCCAACAACUAGCUUAUGUAGUGUACAUUGCCGAACGCGUGUUCGCUGGUAUCUGUUUAGAGUGCAAAGACAUCAACAGGCGUACUGAUAGGUUGAGAAGGAAAAUACAAGAAUGCAACGAGUACAGCAAGUCUAUCAACGCUAAAACCGUUCCAGUCCCCGUUGGGGAUCUGACGGGGACGAGGUUGGAUCAGCAUUUUCGGACCGUCUAUCCGGAGGAGCAGAAUUUUUUCGCCCCACCUUCCAGAUCCGAGCACAUUCAAACUCUCUAUCGUGGAGCCGACAGUGUUCCCAGUCAUUUUAGGAAGCUAGAAGAUGAGUUUGGUGCCGGUUCUUCUCUGCUGGCAGAUGAAGCAAAGGACGACACCAAACAGGAUGGUAAGAAGAAAGGCAAAGAUAUUAUAUAUAAUAAAAGAUCACGGGAUGUGGGAAGCCAUCGACAGAAACAAAUUUCUUCGUUAGAUUGUCCAUCCAGUCUUGUUCCAAUUGAUGUCUCCGGUUCCAAUUUUCAAAAGAUGUCAACUUUUAGACGAUCUCUCAUUCAUUUUGAUUUCCUCAUUAAGAGAAAAAAGAAACGAAAAAAUAAAAGAAACAUUAUUAUCAUUAAUCAGGAAAAUAAUGUAAUAGGAGACAAUAAUAAACCAAGUUUGAAUUUGGAAUUAAAUACCGAGCAUAAUAGCUGUAAAGGCAAGAAUGAGGAGCAAUCAAACAAAACUGUAAAGACUAAUCAAGAUAUUAAAAAAGUAAAAACCAGUCUAGAAUUAAGUAGCUUGAAGACGGCUUCAAGUAACCUGACCAACAAACUGGGUAUGAGAAAAGGACGCAGUUUUCUGCCGAUAUCAACCCUGUCUGCGGCAAUGACCGUUGCGGUAAAGCUGAGAGAGACUUCGACGACCAAGAGUGCCGAGCACUCAGGAAAUGAAGAUUUGGAUGCAGAAACCUCUAAUGGUAUUUGUUUACGCCAUUUUAAAAAUUCCUCAAAAAGUUCUCUGGGAAGAGAUUCUGUGUCUUCAGAAACUCAAACUGAUAGAUCUCAAGAUGGAACAUUGACUGGUUACACAUCAGAUGAUUCUGCUGCUACUGCUACUUUAACAAGCCAAAAAAGAUCAAUAACUUCAAAAAAUUCCAGUUGUGGCACAGAUAACAGCAACAACAACUUGGAUACACUGGCUUCUGGGAAUGAUUCAAAUUAUUAUAAGAAUUAUUCGAGAGACCAAACUAUUAGUGAAUCUGGAGAUUCUUUAAAAAGUUUCCAUGCAGGUUGGACAACUAACAGAACAUCGUCAGAAAGUAACAGUUUGAACAGUUUUGGCUCGACAAAAACAUAUGGAUCCUGCAGUUCUUUGGACACAAUAGGUAAUAACAGCAUCAACAGCUUAUUAUCACAAAGUGCUACGGAAAUAUCAUCUGAUUCAACGAGUUUAUUUGGAAUAACAAAACUUCCACCUCUUCCUCCGCUACGAGUUUCUAGUAUAAAGAGAGAACAAAGUGAAGAAUAUAAUCAAAAAUCAUCUAAUAUUUAUGAUACUCCCCAAGAUAUACAUAAAAAUGCAAGAGAUGAUAAACCCAACAGAAAUUAUGAAAAUUAUUAUCUUUCACCCAUUGUAAAUAACUACCAGAAUGGCUUAAGUGAUUCAUUUCACAAAGUUGUAAAUGAUUAUAAGCCAUCGUUAUCAUCAUUUUUAUCUAAUAAAAAGUUAAUGAAUGCAGAUCAUACAGAAAAGAAUAGUGAACAUAGAAAAAACAAUAUAAACAACUAUGCUUCUGAAGAUGCAACUAAUCACAUAAUUCAACACAAAGUGCCUUUAUAUGAAGAAAAUUCUAAAGUUCCUUUAAAAUAUGUUCAUCAUGUCACUGUUACACCAAUUGUUAGAAGUAAUCAGAAUAAAACAUUAAUUGGUGGAAGUGUUAGUCACUCUGAUUUAAAAACAAGAAACUAUGGUAAUUUCCGAUCCCUGAAUUUCCCAAAAUCAAAAUUAUACCCAAAAGGAAGAAUUAUUUUCAGUUCAAAUUCAUUAGGAAGACGAAGGGAUGGUCAUCCAAUGAAUUACUUAUCAUCAACGUCUUGUGCUCCUGAACAUAAAUUUGCUACUUUACCAUUUCGGCAUUCCACCUCACCCAUGUCUUCUUAUGGUGCUUAUGUAAAAUUGAAUCCCGAUGGAAAAGUUAACUAUUGUAAUACGGUGCCACGUAUAAGACAUGUAUCACAAAAUCAUUCCAACUCUAUAAUUUCUAAUGCAAACAACAAUUCAAUUCAUCAAGAAAAUAAAUCAAAAGAUAUUAAUGAUAAUUCUGAUUAUUAUCACUCACAAUUAAUUGUAAAAACUUCACCUGCAAAUCAUGCACUUCAAGCAACAAACUUCUAUCAACUAAAUUACACAAAUAAAAAUUUUUUAUUGAACAGUGACAAAAAUCAAUCAAUGUCUCCAGAAAACCUAUUUGCAGUUAUCCACAGUAGCAAAAAACGUCAUAAUAUUAAAACAGAUACAGAUAUAUCUCCAUCAAACAAUUUAAUACCUAAAAAGGGUGGCCAUGUUAAAACUGGAUGUCACAAUUCUGAAAACACAAUCAUCAAUAGAACUAAUCAAAUGAAUGAACCUACUAGUGUACAAAAUAGCAUGCACAAUGGAAUUCUAAAUCCAUCGAAAUCAACAAGUAUACAGAAAUUCAAAAUGCUUCUGCUGCAGACGAAUAACAAUCUCCAAACCAGCCGCCACAAAUCUGCUGUUGAACAAUUAAAAACUUUACCUUGGUACCAUAAACCAAGUGAAUACAGUUCCACCAUUUCAUCCUUAGACUGUGCUACUCCUCUGUUCCAAAAUCAAAUGACGCAUGUCUCUUCUUCUACGAUGCCAUUUAGGAGAAAUUCAAGAAUGAGAGCUUCAUUGCCCAAUCAUCAUAUAUGUCCUCCCAUCUGGGAAGACCACUUAGAAGAAUCAGAAAUUGUUAAUUGUAAAAAAUAUCUAAACUGCUUGCAGUCAGAAUUGUCUCAUAACAGGACCGAAGAAGGCAAAAAGAAUCCAUGGAUUCCACCACACAGUGCCAGUGCAUGGGUUUGAUCUUUUUGUUAAUUAACUUAUUGAUAAAUUUUUCUAAUGAAUGUAAAAACUUCUAAAUGUUUGAAAAAUUAUCAAAUUCAUUUUACGAUGUUACAAGUUAAAUUUUUGUUUGUUGAAAUUGUUUGUUGUAUUAUGGAUUCAAAAAUCAUAAAAUAAUUGUGCAUAUUAAAAUGCAAUUGUAAUUUGAAUGUAUGACAUCAAUAAGAAUGGAUGCAAUUCAGAUAAUUAAACAGUAGUUAUAUUAGAAAAGAAGUUAUAAUAGUUUAUAGAUUCUUUUUAAAUAUAUAUUUAUAUACAAGUUUCAAAAACUGUCAUCUCUCUUUUUGUGUGAUAUUGCUGAAUUCUCUAUCAUGUUAUAACUCAGAGAAAUGGAAGUUUCUAGUGUAUAUCAACAUACAUAGCAGAAAUGCAUUUUUAUAUCUAUAAUCUGACAAAUUAUUAAAAUAAUCUUUUGUACAUUUUCAAAACGUAUUUGAACUUAGUUGCCAAUUCUCAUAGACUUGUUGGGAGAUUCCUGAAAUUUGGCAAAAAUAUUUAAAUUGAAGCCUGUUCUUUCCAUAUUUACUCAGAAAAAUUAUCAACAUUUUGGUUAUUUAUUAUAUCAGACUGAAGAAUAGAUGAUAUUGCUGAGAAUAAAAAGAUCAAAUCUGAAAUUGAAAACCCCUGGAACCAACUCUUCAGGAGAUGGCAAGCUUAGUCUAAAUACUGACAAUGAUGAACUUUUCAGA